AUGAAUUUAUUACAUAAGAAGAAAUCUAAUUCUAAUCACACUCUACUUAAAACAUAGACAAAAACUAUUAGAAUUUAAAAAUAAAGAGAAUCAUCUCAUCAUCUAAUUAAACUAAAAUCUUACUCUAUUUUAUAAUUUUAAAUGGAAAAUGAUCGCAAAAUAUGUAUAUAAACAAAAAGAAAAUUAAUAAGAUCAUAUUCUGCUCAUCAUCAAAAUGAUUAAAAAGAUAUUAAUAAUCACUUAUUUUUAAAGAAUAAUUCUUAAUUACUCUAUUCACCUCCCAAAAUCCCAUCCCCUAAACAUUCAAUAAUAUUGCAAAAGAAAACUCUGCUUACUAAACUUCCUUAAAAUGUCAGAAAAUCUUAAUAAUAUUUAUUAAAUGACAUUUUAUCUAAUAAACCAAUCAAUCAAUAUAUAAUCAAAAGAACUUCAGUAGAUAAACCACAUCCUCAUAUUAAUUUUUAGAAAGUAUCUCCAUCACCUUCUACUUAUCCUAUGUAUAAUAUAUAUUUUAUAACAAACAAGAUUAUUUUCUGAAGUAUAAAAGGAUUCCUCGAAAUACUUUAAUUAAGGUCAAUAAUUUUCCAUUUUAUAUAACUAAGCCUAUUUACGUAAGUUACUCAAAAUUGAUCAUAGACAAUGA